UAUAUUUAAAAUAUAUAUUAUAAAAUAUAUAUUUUAGGAAUGGCUAGCUCAAUUUUUGGCUGAGAAAGCAGUAGAAACAAGUAGUGCACGCUGUGAAUCACCAAAACGUGUAGCUCGUCGGCGUAUUUCUACAUUGCAUCCUUCCAAAUUUCGAUGUAAAGGAUCAGAAGCAUUUGUAACAGUUCAUGCCGGGGACUGCAUCAUUGAUUACCCUUGUCCAGUUGGCUGCUCCUGUUUUGAUACACUUGUUGAUUGCAGUAACCGUGGAUGGACUGAUUUUCCUCAUCAUAUACCUCGAUAUACAGUGGAAUUACAUAUGUCUAAUAAUAAAAUUACUGCAGUCCGCCGAUCAAAUUACCUUCAUCUUGAGAAUCUUACAACAUUGUUAUUAGAUGGAAACAGCAUUGAAUCCGUGGAGAGUAAUUCAUUAGCAGCUUUGAAAAAUAUACGUGAAAUGUGA